AAAAAGUUGACACAGGAAACAUGUCUGGGCGGACCGCCGACGCGGAUACGAGCGAAGGGUUCGAGUUCGAAAUUCGAAAGCGGUCAUGUCAUCGCCUCUCGGAUUUCGUAUAAGUCACCGUCCAAUGUCAAAAUCGUGCACGUACCGCGAGCGCCGAGAGUCCGGAGCGAGCGGACAAUGCAGUCGUUGGUAGUGUGGUGGGCGGUGGUGUCUGCGGCCUGGGCGCUGGCGGGCGCCUGCUCCAGCUCCAUCAGCAAGCGGCCGGCGCGGCCCGCGCGCCCGCAGCGUCCGCCGCCGCAGCCGCAGCCGCAGCCGCGCCUCAACGUCACCUUCCCCAUCUUUAAGUGCGAGCCGGACUACUCGGAGUACUAUUGCCUCAACGGCGGAGUGUGUUUCACAGUGGUGAUCUCGGACAGUCCUAUCUAUAACUGUGAGUGCCGGAGCGGCUUCGUGGGGCCGCGAUGCGAGUUCAAAGACUUGGACGACUCGUACGUGCUGACGAGCCGGCAGCUCAUGAUGGAGACGGCGUCGAUAGCGGGCGGCGCGACGGUGGCCGUGUUCCUCGCGAUUCUAGUCUGCUUCGGCGCGUGGGUGCGGCUGCACCGGCGCGGCAAGGCGCCGCCCGCGCCGUCGGCGGAGCGCGGCCAGGUGCACCUGGUGGCCGUGGCGGCGCCGCGCGGGCCCGUGCACCUGUGCGCGCCCGCGCCGCCCUAGCCGCCCCAUCCGCCCCAGCCGCCGCGCCGCCGCCGAGGACUCUGUCGAGCGACCUGUUCAUAUUUCGUGUACAUAUAGUUAGAUUAUGUGUUAAGUGUGGAUCGAACGGGAGAUAAAAAUUUAUGUGAUAAUUAUUUUACGGAGCAUAUAAUUUAUUUCUGAGGAAUUUCUUUUGUAUAUACCGUAACGUUCGGGAGUUGCAGUUUGUCAAAUUCCAGUCCCUCCAGCUGUGUUUGUGAGACGGUUCCGUUGACGUGUGUUGGACUAGUGAGAACGGCGACGACCAUGUACCUAUAUGCUACUCGCUCAUAGAAGUUGUUAUGUUGUAUUGUUGGAUUGUAUAACAGGUUAUAUUCCCCCUGCUUGGGCUGGAUGUGUUUCAGUCCAUGUGGCAAUGUCUAAUUUCUUAUAAGAAUACAAUAUGAACAUCCAUCAUGGUAGCUGCAACAAAGUGACCACCAUGAUGGAGUCCUGUGGUUCCACUGCAUGUUAUUGUUUUGUAUUGUAGCAAAUGUUUAGUAAAUGGGCCUUAUUGUAAAGUCAUGAGCACUUAUACUCGCAAUAGAUAAUUUAUCUAUACCCAGCAGGAAAGCUGUUCUUUGUGUAUUGCAAAGAACAAAUUUUUGAUGGGCCGGGUGUCCUGUGGCCCUGUUAACUCUUGAUAUUUGUAAAUCAAUGUUACUUGUAUUUAUUACUUGUUGUAUACAGAGAGUAUUGUGAUGAAUUGGGAUGCUUGUGAGGCAGCGAGUAGCUCAGUUCCUAUUGCUGUAGCACAUUCCAUCACGGUUAGAGAUUUUUACUGGUGUCAGUAUUAUUUUGUAAUACAUGUUAAGCCUGCAGCUUUACUUUAUUUUUUAAUUUAUACCUGAUAUCCCACUGGGAUAGAGCUGUAUUAUAUUCGUUUAAUGGUGGAAACCUGCCCUUAAUGAGAAGGCUUCUUGUAAAUAUAGCCCCUGUAGGUAUUUAUUAGAUAUUUAUAAACAUUUAUUUAUUGACUGCUUUAUUUAGUUAAAAAUUCAAUGAUCAGCCGCACAGAAUUUGCCUUGUUAAUGGUUGCAUUCAUUAAACCUUGCUAAGCACGGCCACGCUAUCAUUGUAUGCCCUAUGUAAUCUCAUUAUGAAUCUCAUUAAUUGUAAAAAUCGUAAAACAUUGGAUGGUGCAUAAAAUGUCAUGACCUCAAUGUGAAAUUGCCAACCUUUUUUUGCUUCAUACUAUCUGAAUAAUUCAAUAAUCUCUUAUGUGUAAUGUGAAAUUGUAAUGAUUUAUGGAAUUUAAAUCAAUAAUAAUUAAUUGUAGCCAAUGAAAUGUAAAGUCUAUUAUGUAAUUGUCUGUAUAUUAUGGUAAUUUGCACUGAGGGAAUGACACAAAAAUAUAGCAAAUUUGUUAAUGGGCUGUGACAGCGGCGUGGGAUCUGAUUGAUUGGUUAUUUUUACUCUAGAACAUUCUACCAUUUAUGGCUUUCACAUGUUGACAAUUUUCUAAUACCAGUAGAUCAGGUCCCCGAAACAAAUUGAAUAUUGUGUAUCAUAUUGUAUUGCAUCAAUUCAUAUGAGAUUGUUUAUAUAAACAUUCCAAAGUAUAUGUAAAAUAUUACCUACAUCACUAAUAAUUUUGAAAUAUCUGUUAAGAUGAUACAUUGUUAAUUAUACAGUUUUCUAUUGAUCAUUUGUUAAAAGAAAAUUAUACGAAACUAAAUCUUUA